AUGACGGUGGUGGUUAAUCCUGCGAGAACAGAAGAAGACGAAGAAAUAGUUUCACCAACCGCUACGAACUCUAAUGCGUUGGAUUUACCGCUGACUGCACCUCCAGAUGAGGCAGUCAUCACUCCUUACCAGUACGCUGACUAUGUUAGCCCAACGUCUGAUAUAAUAGAAAAUGAGAGUCUCGAAAAUUCUCCGGAAUCACCCCCCAAUUUAUAUGACGAUGAAACGCAAAGUGAUAUAGUGUUUGUGGCAGGAAUAAAUGACGAUACAUACCGUUUCCCUGGACACCGACGGGUCCUUGCCGCGACCAGCCCGGUGUUUGCAGCUCUACUCUCCGCGAAAACUGACGUCAUCGUCGUCGAUUACAUCGAUCAUAGAGGAUUUGAGAAUCUAUUAAGAUACUACUAUUGUGAGCCCACACAAUUAACAACUGUGCAGACAGCUAGAUCGACCCUAGAUGCUGCUUACAAAUUCCUAUGUCCCCAACUUGCGGAGCGAUGUGCACGCAAGCUAGACGAGAUGCUGGAUGCAGAAGUCGCGUUGGAUAUCAUGCGGGAUCUACGGUUUCUCUGUGCAAGACUACCAGGAGCAGCGUCAGCUCCACCUUUACCAGCUCUGUCUGACGAUAGAGCCGCUAGAUCCCUCGCCCAAUGCGCAAGUUGGUGUGAUAUGCUUGCUCAUAAUACACUCCUUGUAUUAGACGACAAUGCGGAUGCGGCACUCCAACACGAGAAACUAGAAGAUCUGACUUACGAAGAUCUAGCAUUAAUAGUCAAGAGAGAUACACUACGAGUGUCAAAUGAACUCGUUUUAAUCGAAGCGUUAUCACGAUGGAGUACUGCAAUUUGCAAGAAAUACAAACGGGAGUUGACUUCUGCGAAUAAACGGGCUGCUUUGGGCGAGCUGUCAUACUGUCCUCGGUACUUACUUCUUCAGGGUGACGAUUUGGAUCGAGCUUUAGGUUAUGAGCUGCUGGAACCCAUGGAACGAGCUUUAGUUUUGGCUCGCGCGCGGAAAUUAUCAGCACCUAUUCCUGUAGGUGCUCAUCAAGAGAAUUUGUUGCGUCGCUGGGCACGACCGCGGCCCAAAGAGCCAGCGGCGGCCCCAGUCAAGUUGAGUGUUCGUUCUGAGCCAGAACCCGAAGAGCCCCAACCGACGAAAUUGUGUGCUCGACGCCCCAAGAAAUUGAAACAGCCUAAAUAUCAAAUAGAAGAUCCAUAUUCGUAUAGCUCAUACACAAAGCGAAAGGGAUGUUGCUCAAAAUUCGCCGAUGGCUUGAUUCGGGCCUUCAUCUGCUUGUUUGACUGA